AACUGCAGGCUGCAGCCGUAACUGCAACCAUGGUUUCCACAAAGAUGUUUGUGGCAGCGAUGAUCACAUUAUCCUUUCUGGAAGCUGCAUCUGCUGGGAAUUUCCUUGAAGAUUUCGGCGUCGGAUACGGAGACUGGCGGGCAAAGAUACUAGAGAAUGGGCAGAUUCUCUAUCUGUCACUUGACCGUGCGUCGGGUUCCGCUGUGGUGUCUAAGAGCUUGUAUUUAUUCGCUAGAGCCGACAUGAAAAUAAAGCUCGUUCAUGGUAACUCCGCGGGUACAGUAACGACGUUUUAUAUGAUUAUGAAGGGGAUGAUACAUCAUGAGAUAGAUUUCGAGUUUCUUGGGGAUGUGAGCGGGAAGCUUUACACCCUGCAGACCAAUAUCUAUGUUUACGGGCACGGUAACAAGGAGCAGAGGUUCCAUCUGUGGUUCGACCCCACACUGGAUUUCCACACUUACACCAUCCUCUGGAACAGUCAAAACAUCAUGUUUUGUACUCUCUCUCUCUCAGCCCAUAAAAGAUGCAUCACUCCCUUGUUUUUUGUGAUAUUCAGAUUUUACGUUGAGGAGAUUCCCAUUAGACAAUUCAAGAAUUUUGAAUCGAGAGGUGUACCUUACCCGAAGGACCAGCAGAUGCAGAUUCAGUGCUCACUCUGGGAGGCUAGUGAUUGGGCAACAAGAGGAGGGCGCAUCAAGAUCGAUUGGAGUCUAGCCCCAUUCACUGCCUCGUACCGAAACUGCAAUGUCCAGGCCUGCACAUGGUCCCGUUCCUCAUCUUGUUCCAACCCACCUUCCCGCAAAUCUUGGCUAACUGAAACUCCGGGCAGAGUUGGCCAAACAAAGCUGAAUUGGGCGUGCCAGAAGUUCAUGAUAUACGAUUACUGCACCGAUAUCAAGCGCUUUCCCGAAGGCCUGCCUCAUGAAUGCAAACUAGCAUGACCGGUGAUAGACCAAAGCUCUGGAUAACAAGUAGUCUUGUUCUCCUUUUUUUUUUUUUUUUUUUAAAUCUACGUGUUACAUAAAACAAGUGGACUUGAUUUUAAUGGCAAUGGAAGCAAUUAUGUUUCUUA